AUGGCCACAAGAGUUGUCACAGCCAUGGACGUGACUCUCUACUUGUUCUUCUUGUUAACUCUCACCGCCUUAGUGGAAGCUGCUGGUCGUGGAGUUAACAAUGAUAACAAAGGCGGAUUAGGAGCUUCAUUUAUAUUUGGAGAUUCUCUAGUCGAUGCCGGAAACAAUAAUUAUCUACCGACGUUGUCUAGGGCUAAUAUGAAGCCUAAUGGUAUCGAUUUCAAAGCCUCCGGAGGAAAUCCUACUGGCCGGUUUACCAACGGCCGGACCAUCGGUGACAUCGUUGGGGAGGAACUCGGGUCAGCGAACUACGCGAUCCCAUUCUUGUCACCAAACGCGACUGGCAAAGCUUUAUUAGCUGGUGUGAAUUAUGCAUCUGGAGGAGGAGGGAUUAUGAAUGGCACCGGGAGAAUCUUUGUGAAUAGGUUAGGAAUGGAUAUACAAGUCGACUUCUUCAAUACUACACGGAAACAAUUUGAUGGUCUACUUGGAAAAGAGAAAGCAAAAGAGUAUAUAAGCAAGAAAUCGAUAUUCUCAAUCACUAUUGGAGCAAACGAUUUUCUCAAUAAUUAUCUAUUCCCUCUUCUCUCUGUCGGAACACGAUUCACUCAAACUCCAGAUGAUUUUAUUGGCGAUAUGCUCGAACAUCUACGCGAUCAACUCACGAGGUUAUAUAAAUUGGAUGCAAGGAAAUUUGUGAUCGGGAACGUUGGACCUAUUGGAUGCAUACCGUACCAGAAAACGAUCAAUCAAUUAAAUGAAGACGAGUGUGUGGAUUUGGCUAAUAAGCUAGCAAAUCAAUACAACUUUCGAUUAAAGAAUUUAUUAGAGGAACUAAACAAGAAACUUCCCGGAGCAAUGUUCGUCCAUGCCAACGUCUAUGAUCUCGUCAUGGAACUUAUCACUAACUACAAAAAAUACGGGUUCAAAUCCGCGACAAAGGCUUGUUGCGGCAAUGGAGGACAAUAUGCGGGUAUAAUUCCGUGUGGACCGACUUCAAGUCUUUGUGAAGAGAGAGAUAAAUAUGUGUUUUGGGAUCCUUACCAUCCAAGUGAAGCAGCAAAUGUUAUCAUCGCAAAACAACUGUUAUAUGGUGAUAUUAAAGUCAUAUCUCCAGUUAAUCUCAGUAAACUUAGAGAUAUGUGA